AUCCCUCCAGCCACCGCCCGUCCCUAUUCGUGCCUAUCCCAUCCCGAUGCCCAUCCCCUUGCUUCCAUGGCUUCCACUCUCGCCUUCUCGGUGCUUUCACCCUUGUUCUCGCUUGAAGGGUUGGACUCCCCACUUUCCCUGUUCCCCUUCUCUCGAGUCUCAACCAUCAUUCAAGAAGUCCGAGUCUUGCUGUCACAGCAACUCCUUCAUCCAAGUCUCUUCUCCCUUUUUGUCUCCAACCCAGCAGCAACUGGCAUUGCUGUCUUCGUUUCUCCCAAGCUGUGCUUUUGUUCUACAUCCAGCUACGCUCUUUAUUUCCCGAUUUAUCUUCUUCGCUUCCCAGACUAUUGCAAUCUAUCGGGCGCAUUCCGUCGCUAAUCUACUCAUUCACCACACUGUCAAGUUGACAGCCUCUUUCAUUGGCACUCAGCCAGUGACGGCAUUGGCGCCGAGCAAAUCCCACUGCUCCCACCCACCGAGCCACCCACCCCGGGCGCUUAACCCCUGGCCCUCAAGCACCCAUUUUCAGGACCUGGCGGCAGGGCCGGCCCUCGCAGCCUCGGAGCACCGUGCAAUCGACCGCCACACCACCAGCCUGUGGUAGCCAUCGGUUCCCACCACCCUAGCAGAAUCUGUGACCGCCCGCACCCACCAUUUCAAUAACGUCUCAGGCACCGCCGCUCCUGUCGCAGAUCUCGCUCCCUCUGUAAACAUAUUGCCCUGCAUCAAUCUGCCUGCACCUUGCUGUCACCACCUUGUUGACGCCAAUUCUAACUUCGACGACCCCGGCCCGGCGCCAUGUCGCUCAAGCAGGAAAUAGAGACUUGGGUCGAGGCGCUUGGGCACUAUGACAAUCAAGAAUUCGAGGAAGCGUUGAGGAUCUUCGACGCGAUUGCCGAUACCUCCAAGAUCCUGUUCAACUGCGGUGUCAUCCACGCGACCAUUGGCGAGCAUGAAAGAGCGGUGGAAUGUUAUCAACGCGCAAUCAAACUCGACCAGUACCUCGCCGUGGCCUAUUUCCAACAGGGUGUCUCGAAUUUUCUGGUCGGGGAUUUCGAAGAAGCAUUGGCGAAUUUCAAUGACACCCUCCUCUAUUUGAGAGGCAAUACAUACAUCGACUAUGAGCAGUUGGGCUUGAAGUUCAAGCUUUACUCCUGCGAGGUUCUCUUCAACCGUGGCCUGUGCUACAUGUACCUCCAGCAAGAGAAGGCCGGGCUUCAAGAUUUCAGCUUCGCUCAGAAGGAGAAGAUGACUCCUGACCACGACGUGAUUGACGAUGCUAUAAAGGAUAUGGCACAGGGCUAUGUGGUUUUCAGCAUACCGGUUGGGUGUGUGUACAGACCAAACGAAGCCAAAGUCAAGAAUCUCAAAGCAAAAGACUACCUGGGUAAGGCCCGGUUGAUAGCCACGUCGAACAGUGAGAACACCGGUACCGGAUUUCAGGGCGUGGAAAGAAAACAAGCGGUGGCUGCCGAGAUGUCAGCCAAAGACGACCGUCCUCCGGAAAACAUCAGCUACGCAGCAACAAACCUCGUGCAGCGCAAUUUGUCCAGUAGAAUCGUCCGAGAUCAGAGCGCUCCUCCUGUCAUGAGUCGAAAUGUGUUCCCGCCAACUCCGCCACCGGAGAACGAGAAGCCCAGGCUAAGCGGCGGCGGUUCGUCAACGUUGCCUCUUCGGACCACUUCUAUGCGUCAACCUCGGAAUAUGUACGCCAGACCGGACAUGGAAGCACCCCGACCGGGUAUGAUGAAUCGAGCAGCAACGUUCGACGCCAACGCCAACCAACCACCGAGCAUGGGCAGGAUGAUGCCUCCCCAACGCGAGAACUCGUGGCCAGAGGAGCCUUCCAUGAUGGAGCGACCACAGAUGGAAAGGUCGCGCUAUGGCACCCAAAGGACUGCCUCCGAACCUCGAGGUCCUUCGUCUCGACGACAGAUGCUCGACCGCUCGGCCUCGCAAAGGGCUCCGGCACCGCUGUUCCGGGAGACUACCCCAUCUCGAUACGAUGAUCCCACCGACACGGUGGACGAUGUCUAUCGCAUGUACUCCAGCCCCCGCAGGCGCCAGCGACGCCAAGACCAGGAAUUAUACCUAAACGAAGAAGACGAAUAUAUAGACGAAGAAGAAAUGAGUGCUGAAGACAUGAGCGGUUUCGAACCUGUGCGGCGCGCGGCGUCCCGAUCUGGGCGCGGCAGCAAGCGGCCCGAAAUGCGCAAGAUCCGUGUCAAAUGCCACUUUAACGACGAUACGAGAUAUCUAAUGAUUGGCGCUGUGAUAGAUUUUGGCGACCUUGAGAGCAAGAUACGUGAGAAAUUUGGGAUCAAGGAUCAAUUGAAGAUCAAGAUGCAAGACGAUGGUGAUAUGAUCACCAUGGGUGACCAGGACGAUCUGGAGAUGUUGUUGUCAAGUGUGCGCAAUCAAGCCCGGAAAGAGAGGAACGAGAUGGGCAAGAUGGAGGUUUGGAUCUCGUGACCUUUGAAAGAGUUGUGAUAUACAAGGCUGGCUGAGAUACAAGAUGGGGCUCGACACGAUGAAACCCUGCACCACCACCACCAGACAUAUGAAAUCCUACACCUGUUAUUACAGCGUCGGAGUUGGACAAAGAUCAUCUCCCUCGCGGAAUUGGGAAUCACUUUGGAUCGGGCGCCGUAUGGAACGGGACAUACUUGUUUUCAGGGGGAAUGUACUUACAAGUGCUAUGAAUGUGGCUCCUUCACUUCCCGACUCUAUUUCCACACAGACAUUUACAUAUACCUAGGUAUCCCAUAUAUAUCUCACGAAUAACGUCUGUGUUGCACACCAAUCCAUAAUCGAGCUUGAGCUUCUUGACUCUUGGUUCUCGGUCAUUCAUGCCUCGACCCCUAGGCCAUGGCAGAUGUCCCUUUGAGAACCAUCUUGCAGCGUGCUUGCCCUGAUGUGAUGGACG